AUUUUAUAAUAAGAAUGUAACUAUAAGUUAAAUGUUAAGAGUAAUCUUGGACAUUCAGAAGAGCUCUGAAUGAACUAACAAUGAAAAAGAUAGUAUAGAGACUUCCAAACAGGAUAACAAAUUUACCAAAUCAAUUUACUCUUCAAUAUGAGGAUUUGGAUGGAGAUAUGAUUGAUGUCACAUGUGAUGCUGACUUAUAAACAAUAAGGGAAUGUUAGUUUGAUAAAAAAAUAGUAACAUUGUAAUAAUUAAUAAUAAAUUAAAAGAUAUGUACAAGAAGUAUAAUAAGGAGGAUUUAAGAAAGAAUAAGUAUGUCAUAGAAGAGAGAAUAGAAAAGAACAUAUAAAAUAAAUAGUGAAUUAGAGAGUAAUGGAAUUAAUUCCUGAGAUAACUAAGUAAGUGAAACUAUCAAUGACAACAGAUGAUAUUUAAAAAAAGAUUGAAAAUUUAUCAAUAGACAAUACAACAGUAAGUGAAGUAAAGGAAGUGAAAUAAGUUCUUCAUGAGAGGGUUAGUUGUGAUGGAUGUGAAAUGUUCCCAAUAUUAGGUAUUAGAUACAAAGUAAAUUUUUUAAAAUUAUAAAUCUAGUGUGCAGUAUGCAAAGACUUUGAUUUAUGUGAGAAAUGUGAAGAAUUAGGAAAUCACGAACAUGCAAUGUUAAAGAUUAGAAAACCAGAGUAGGCUCCUUCAAUUAUAGUAACAGCUAUUGUAUUUUAUAAUUUUAAUGAUUAGGGUGACAAAUCAGAUUUACCAUAAGGAAAUAUCUUAAGAAACCAAAUAAACUAAUUAAUCCAAUAGAUGUAAUUAAAUUCAGUACCUGAAACUAUUAAUUAAUCAAUCAAUUUCCCAUUAAGUUCUUAACUUUUAAAAUCAGAAUAAAUUUAAACUGUAUAAUAAUCAGUUUAAGUACCAUAAUUUUCUUAAAUCAUUGAAUAAGAAUAAGUUUAAGAAACUUGUUUAAAUUAAUCUACUAAUCCAAUUACAGUAGAAUUGUGUGAAUUGUUAGGAGUAAGACCAGAAGUAGCAGAGAAUUUGAUAGAAAUGUUUCCAAAUUAAAAUGCAAAGGAGAUAAUGGAGAUUGUUGGAGAUGACAUUGAAUAUUUGAAUUCCCUUCAAAGAUCCACCAUUUGAUCUAU